ACUUUGUCGUUGCCUAGCUUUUUUUCAGGGUUGACCACUUUAGUAACUCUAGAUCUAAGUGAUUGCAAUCUAUUGGAUGGAGCACUUCCCGACAAUAUUAGUAGCUUAUCCUCCUUGGAGUUUCUGAAUUUGAGCAGAAACAAUUUUGCACGCUUGCCAGACAGCAUUUCUCAGCUUCCAAAGCUUAAAUUUCUUUGUUUGGAUAAUUGUAGCAGACUUCAGUUAUUGCCAAAUCUUCCCUCAACUACACAAUUUGUAAUGGCUCGAGAAUGUACUUCACUCCAAAAUUAUUCCAAUCAAGUUGUUGGGUCGACUUCAGGUGGAGGAGAAUUCACUGUUAUUAGCUGCCAUAAACCGGUGAAGAAGACAUUCUGAGUGAGGUUUCUUCGCUAUAUACACACUUUCAGCCAUUGUGGGUGGAGGAGCAAAUUCAUCAAAAUGACGAAUAUCAUGGCAUGCCUCAAACUGGAAUUCCAUUUCCAUACGAUCUCUCUAAAGACAAUAGUUGGAGAGUAAUUGUGUUGCUUUUGAAAACUUUACUCAACACUACGCAUGUGAAUUCUCCUCCAACACUAAAUCUUGAAGAGUGCAGAAAGCUUUUGGUUUUUUCGAGUGUCAUUUGUUGUAUACCUGCUCUUAAAAUUCUCAUUCUCUCUAGAUGUAAAGGCCAACCUCCUUCCCCUAUUUUAUUUUCAAUUGGUGCACCCGUCACCUUGUCGUUGCCUAGCUUUUUUUCAGUGUUUACCUCGUUAGUAGCUCUAGAUCUAGGUGAUUCCAAUCUACUGGAUGGAGCACUACCCGAAGAUCUUAGUAGAUUAUCCUCCUUGGAGUCUCUGAAUUUGAGCAAAAACCAUUUCACAUGCUUGCCAGAUAGCAUUUCUCAGCUUCCAAAGCUUAAAUUUCUUUGUUUGGAUGAUUGUGGCAGGCUUCAGUUAUUGCCAAAGUUUCCCUCAACUACACAAUUUGUAAUGGCUCGAGAAUGUACUUCACUCCAAAAUUAUUCCAAUCAAGUUGUUGUGUUGCCUUCAGGUGGAGGAGAAUUCACUGUUAUUAAUUGCCUUAGCUUGGCUGCUCGUGAAGAAGACAUUCUGAGUGAGGUUUCUUCGCUAUAUACACACUUUCAGCCACUGUGGAUGGAGGAGCAAAUUCAUCAAAGUAACGAAUAUCAUGGCAUGCCUCAAACUGCAAUUAGGUUACCAUAUGAUCUCUCUAAAGACGAUAGUUGGAGAGGAAUUGUGUUGCUUUUGAAAACUUUAGUCAACACUACGCUAGUGAAUUCUCCUCGAACACUAAAUCUUGGAGAGUGCAGAAAGCUUUUGGUUUUUCCAAGUGUCAUUUGUUGCAUACCUGCCCUUAAAACUCUCAUUCUCUCUGGAUGUAAAGGUCAGCCUCAUUCCCCUGUUUUAUUUUCAAUUAGUGCAUCCCACACCAUGUCGUUGCCUAGCUUGUUUUCAGGGAUGACCUUUUUAGUAAAUCUAAAUCUAAGUUUCUGCAAUCUAUUGGAUGGAGCACUCCCUGAUGAUUUUAGUGGCUUAUCCUCCUUGGAGAUUCUGGAUUUGAGUGGAAACAAAUUCACACGCUUGCCAGACAGCAUUUAUCAGCUUCAAAAGCUUAAAUUUCUUUAUUUGGAGAAUUGUAGCAGGCUUCAGUUAUUGUCAAAUCUUCCCUCAACCACACAAUUUGUAAUGGAUCGAGAAUGCCCUUCACGCAAAAUUUUUCCCAAUCAAGUUGUAGUGUCGACUUCAGUAGGGGGGUCCAUAUCUGACGAUUUUGAGUUGAGGGAGGCGUCGAGGGCCUCUUCUAAGAAAGUUACUAGGUCGGCCCCCUCUUCUUCUCCUAAGAAAGUUACUUUGCCCUCUUCUGGUCAAAAGAAUGUUAUACAUCCAGCCCCCUCUUUUGGGUCAUCGCCUCCAACUAGAGGAAAAAUCUUGGCGGGCAUUUUUUCUGGGAUUCAAAGAAAAUUAAAGGAUCCAGCUGUAAAGAUACAGCACGAUGAUAAGCCUGAUAUCAAACGCCAGCCUCAGUGA